AUGGAGAUCCAAAAAGACCUCAGGAGGAGACGACAUCGGAUGGAGAGUUACGACCAAAAGCUGGAACAACGGGCAGCAAAACAUGAGUUCUUGAGAGAUCGCAACAAUGUGACGACAUGUCGCAGCCCAGGAUACAAGCUGGAGGCCGACUGGAAGAGUGAGAUGCAGCAGAAAAGACAGAUGGAGUUCCAGAGAAGGAGACAGAUUGUCCAGGCUGCCACUCAUCAGGCUGAUGAAAAGGAGUCAAACAAGGAGACCAAAGUCACGAUGAGGACCAACAGGCAGAGAGUGUCUCUCAUCCACAGACAGUCCCUCAUAUCAGCAGAGGAUCUGGGGAUAACCUGGCCAGAUGUACACUCCAUCGGGAAGGUAAGCACAUAAUACAGGGUGGCAGGUAGCCUAGCAGUUAGAAGCAUCUUGCCAGUAACCGAAAGGUUGCAGGUUUGAAUCCCCGAGCCGACUAGGUGAAAAAUCUGUCGAUACGCUCCUUCCUGUAUAUCGCUCUAGAUAAGAGCGUCUGCUAAAUGACUAAAAUUGUAAAUGUAAUACACAUUACCUGUAUGACAUUGUGUUAUUAUAUGUGUCUUAUACACAAAUACUGGAAUAUUCCAUUUGGUCAAACACAAAAUGGGUGUCACAGACGCAAAACUGUUUCACCAGGCGACAUGGAUCACCUCACCACCACUGCAUGGGGCAGGAGGGAAAAACAAAAUAGGGCAGCUUCACUCUGACGUCUCACAGACAUUCCCUCACACACCACAGCAGCCUUCACUGAGGAAGAGUAUGGAUAUCAGUGAUAAAGGUAAAAUAGGACUCAUUGGGGCUACUUAUUUUUGAAUUGAUGGAGGUUGAACAAUAUUUCACACAUGGCUGUACUCUCAAUCAUCAAACUUGAAUUUCAACAUACUUAUUAAGUUUGAACACUGAGUUUGUUGCUGAAUUUCAUUAUCUUCCGCUUUCCCUCUUAGUAGUUAAACAGGACCAGAGUGGCCUAGUAACGUUAACCAGUCAGCCACAACAGAGGAAUGCCUGCUGUCAGACAAAGUAAGUACAGUAAGCUACUGACCUCAACAUGAAGACACUGAUCUGUUUAACUGUUUAUCUCUGUCAUGUUCACUUUGACAUCUGACCUCCCACUCCUUUCCUAUCAUUCACAGGCAUGGCUAUUGCACUGUUAAGGAGGCAGUAAGUAACUCCAAUGUACUGAAUCUGUAAUGUUUUGGGUAGAUUCUAAUUAAAAUGUGAGCCACAGCAAUGAAUCACAGUUCCCAUCUACAUAAUCAUUCAUCAUUCGGACAAGAGGCCGCAUUCCCAUAAAGUUAUGAAGAAGGCAUCACUAUCAGUUGUGUUGCGUAGAAACGUAGAGUUGAUGUUAUGAUACUUGAACUACAUAGUCAACCAUCCAUUAUAACCACAUAUAUGAUGUCCCUCCUUGCUCCACGUUGGGAAUAUAUUUUAUGCCUAUUGUGAAAACUCUCUUCUCUCCCUCUCUAUGUAGGACCUCGUUCAACUCUCUGAGUAUCUACAGGUGUGUAAUCCUGCUCUGCUGAAUCUUCAGAUUACUGCAGGAGCUACCAUUUUGGAAUAUGUAAUGAUAAUCCACAUAAUUGAGACAUGCCUUUUAGUCAGAACCUUACUUGUAUUAUGGUGUAUCUCUUUCCAUAGGACGCUCUGUGGCGAGAGGAUUCUCUGAAACAGAAGCUUGCUAUACUGCAGCACACCACCUCUACUCUACUGCUCUCACAUGACAAUGUCUGGAAGGUUAGGACCUGGAUCUCUUAUACACUGAUGUGAUGUCCACAAAUAUCUAUCUACCUUUGCCCAUUUCUCAAUCAUACUCAUGUAUGCACACUUAAUUACUGUAUUUCUAUAUCAUACUCUGUUCAUGAAGGGACUGCCAUGGAGUUUUGAGAGUAGGUUGAUGUAGUGUGUCAUAUAGGUUGACAUGAUAAUGAAAAUUCAUUCCUGUCCCGUCUUGUCAAUUUUUUUCCUGUGCUGCCCUGAGCCCGCAACAGUUCUAUAACACCGGAACUUUGCUGUCCCUUCCCGAUUAAAAUCACCCGCGGUCCGUGGUCAUUUUUGCGCCCUUGUUUACUAACUAUUGAAAAUAAUUUCAGUAAUAUGCGACUGUGAUAUGUUGUCUUGUCUAUUUUAGUUAAAUGCACUGACUGUAGGCCUACAUCGCUCUGGAUAAGAGCGUAUUCUAAAUUACCUAAAUGUAUAUCGAUUAAUAAAGCUGAAGGAUGAGGACAGAGACCCCAGCAGGAUGGUCUGCACAUAACAGCGCCGGCAUAAAUCUGUAGCCUUCAGCUGAGCACUGCGCACAUAUCAACAUUUACAACAACAACAAAAACUGAGUGGUAGUACUGCAUAAGUCAAUCAAUUUUUAUUUAUCUUCACCUCAGAUGCCACGGGUUUUGUUAAAUACGUGAACAAUUGGGCUUGACGUUAAAGUGAGUAAAGCAGCUAUGCCGCUUCAGUCAGUUUGUCCCGCUCUCCAGUUGGUAUCCUACUAGAUUAAACAGCAGCAUUUUUUACAAGCCAUGUACACUGGAGCGAGGCGCGAAUGAACCGACUGAAGGGGAAGGGGGGAAAUUACAUUUUUGAUUGACUUUUAUUAAGUACUUAACUAUAUUAGGCCUAGUCUACACAGUUGUUGUUUUUACGAAAUAUUCCACACAUUACGUAUUUCCGGUCAAAAAAAUAAGUUUAUAACUAUUCCUGUACUGCCUGUUCCUGUAGGCUGUUGAUCCUGUCCCGAAUUUGACUCCCAUUCCUGCCAGAAUCCCGCAGGACACGCAAGAUCCGCGGGAGUCCAGUUCCCGUGUCAAACUCUAGUGUGCAACUGUUGGGUUGUAACAUAAGAGUCCUUAUUGGCGUGUCUUGGUCCGUCACUUCUCUAGGGGUUCUAUUCAAUCCGCGUCGCGGAAGUUCAGCUUUACAGCGUGAUUGAAAUUGAGCGGAGUCUGCAUUCACGGUAAACGCUGCACAUGUCGGCUCAAUCUGAAAUUACCUUUACAUUUCUAUAUCGGAAGCGUUACAGAUUGAAUAUAGCCCUAAAUGAGGUAAUAGGCUACUGUGUUUGGCUCAGUGAUCUGGUUGAAGACAGACUGUGGUUUCAGAGUCGAGUUCACAGCGUUUCCACCCUCAUUCUACUGGAGGAGCUGUAGACUACCCUGCAUCCUAUCACCAAGAAGCUGAGAAAGAAACACAAGAGAAACAUACAGAGAAAAAGAAAGGGCACAAUAGCCAUUUGCCACCAUCUACCAGUCCCUAUCCCCAGUGCAUCUCAUAUUUCUCUACCCUCACAGAUCUGUUGCAAAGAGGACAAGAUGAAGGGAAAGAUUGGGGCACUAGAGUCACAGCUGAAGAUCUGUGUUCAGGUGUGUUCAGGCACAAUGUCGGUACCUACAGUGGGGGAAAAAAGUAUUUAGUCAGCCACCAAUUGUGCAAGUUCUCCCACUUAAAAAGAUGAGAGGCCUGUAAUUUUCAUCAUAGGUACACGUCAACUAUGACAGACAAAAUGAGUUAAUUUUUUUUCCAGAAAAUCACAUUGUAGGAUUUGUAAUGAAUUUAUUUGCAAAUUAUGGUGGAAAAUAAGUAUUUGGUCAAUAACAAAAGUUUCUCAAUACUUUGUUAUAUACCCUUUGUUGGCAAUGACACAGGUCAAACGUUUUCUGUAAGUCUUCACAAGGUUUUCACACUCUGUUGCUGGUAUUUUGGCCCAUUCCUCCAUGCAGAUCUCCUCUAGAGCAGUGAUGUUUUGGGGCUGUCGCUGGGCAACACGGACUUUCAACUCCCUCCAAAGAUUUUCUAUGGGGUUGAGAUCUGGAGACUGGCUAGGCCACUCCAGGACCUUGAAAUGCUUCUUACGAAGCCACUCCUUCGUUGCCCGGGCGGUGUGUUUGGGAUCAUUGUCAUGCUGAAAGACCCAGCCACGUUUCAUCUUCAAUGCCCUUGCUGAUGGAAGGAGGUUUUCACUCAAAAUCUCACGAUACAUGGCCCCAUUCAUUCUUUCCUUUACACGGAUCAGUCGUCCUGGUCCCUUUGCAGAAAAACAGCCCCAAAGCAUGAUGUUUCCACCCCCAUGCUUCACAGUAGGUAUGGUGUUCUUUGGAUGCAACUCAGCAUUAUUUUCCUCCAAACACGACGAGUUGAGUUUUAACCAAAAAGUUAUACUUUGGUUUCAUCUGGCCAUAUGACAUUCUCCCAAUCCUCUUCUGGAUCAUCCAAAUGAACUCUAGCAAACUUCAGACGGGCCUGGACAUGUACUGGCUUAAGCAGGGGGACACAUCUGGCACUGCAGGAUUUGAGUCCCUGGCGGCGUAGUGUGUUACUGAUGGUAGGCUUUGUUACUUUGGUCCCAGCUCUCUGCAGGUCAUUCACUAGGUCCCCCCCGUGUGGUUCUGGGAUUUUUGCUCACCGUUCUUGUGAUCAUUUUGACCCCAUGGGGUGAGAUCUUGCGUGGAGCCCCAGAUCGAGGGAGAUUAUCAGUGGUCUUGUAUGUCUUCCAUUUCCUAAUAAUUGCUCCCACAGUUGAUUUCUUCAAACCAAGCUGCUUACCUAUUGCAGAUUCAGUCUUCCCAGCCUGGUGCAGGUCUACAAUUUUGUUUCUGGUGUCCUUUGACAGCUCUUUGGUCUUGGCCAUAGUGGAGUUUGGAGUGUGACUGUUUGAGGUUGUGGACAGGUGUCUUUUAUACUGAUAACAAGUUCAAACAGGUGCCAUUAAUACAGUUAACGAGUGGAGGACAGAGGAGCCUCUUAAAGAAGAUGUUACAGGUCUGUGAGAGCCAGAAAUCUUGCUUGUUUUUAGGUGACCAAAUACUUAUUUUCCACCAUAAUUUGCAAAUAAAUUCAUUAAAAAUCCUACAAUGUGAUUUUCUGGAAAACAUUUUCUCAAUUUGUCUGUCAUAGUUGACGUGUACCUAUGAUGAAAAUUACAGGCCUCUCUCAUCUUUUUAAGUGGGAGAACUUGCACAAUUGGUGGCUGACUAAAUACUUUUUUCCCCCACUGUAUAUAACUUACAGUAUGGAUGUACAUACAAAAUCACCACCACGCUGAAACACCAAAGAUAAAUCAUUAUUCUCCUCUCCCUCAGAGGCUGUCCAGUGAUGGAACCAAGAAGCUGCUGCUACAGUCGGAGCAGCAGAGGCAGGAGCUGGAGGAGAUGGCCGUGGCCGCACUCCAGAGGGUCACUGACCAAAAAACCAAGGCCCAGGACAGGGCUCACAGCCUGAAGGUAAGGUGUCAGACAGGGCUGUACUCUGACAGGGCUGUGUUCAAUUGGUAUUUUCCUAUUACAGUCAAUUAUUAAUUUAAUUCAUGUGAUUGAUUUGGGAAAUAUGAAAUUCCUUAGUUUCAAAUGAUUAAGAAGGGACGUCAUAGGAGUUUCACUGUGUACUUUAUGUGUCCACCAGAUGGCACUGCAGACUGCCAAGGUUGAGUCAUCACAGUGCAGAGAGCGCUAUGAGGAGGAGAGGAGGAAAUGCGCCCAGCUGAGGACAUCUCUGGUGCAGAACAUAGACCAUAUAAACCUGUUACAGAGCCAGCUAGAGGUACGCACGCACACACACGCUAUAUGUUAUGAGAGUGAAAUAAUAUAUGCUUUAAAAACCAUCAUGUAUCUCCCUGUGCAUCCAGAAAGUGAUGGGACAGGAGGCCACUCUGGAGAGUCAGCUGCUGCAGCAGAAACACACUGAGGCUGAGCUCCACCUCAAGAUCAACCUCCUAGAGGACAACCUCCACACCUGCAGAACACAACUAGAGACAUGGAGACACCAAGACACCAAGAUACAGUAGGAGAUUGUCAGAAGACAGCAACAGGACUCCAUAGGUAUAGUACAGUCGUGGUCAAAAGUUGAGAAUGACACAAGUAUUGGUCUUCACAAAGUUUGCUGCUUCAGUGUUAUGAGAUACACUGCUCAAAAAAAUAAAGGGAACAAUAAAAUAACACAUCCUAGAUCUGAAUGAAUGAAAUAAUCUUAUUAAAUACUUUUUUCUUUACAUAGUUGAAUGUGCUGACAACAAAAUCACACAUAAAUUAUCAAUGGAAAUCAAAUGUAUCAACCCAUGGAGGUCUGGAUUUGGAGUCACCCUCAAAAUUAAAGUGGAAAACCACACUACAGGUGGUAUUGGGCUGAUAUGCCAUGAAACAUAUUUCCCCCCUGACUCAAUCACUCACUUACAUUUACGUCAUUUAGCUGACGCUCUUAUCCAGAGCGACUUACAGUUAGUGCAUACAUUAUUAUUUUCAUACUGGCCCCCCGUGGGAAACGAACCCACAACCCUGGCGUUGCAAACGCCAUGCUCUAUCAACUGAGCUACCUCCCUGCCUGCCAUUCCCUCCCCUACCCUACCCUGGACGACGCUGGGCCAAUUGUGCGCCGCCCCAUUGGUCUCCCGGUUGCGGCCGGCUACAGCAGAGCCUGGAUUCGAACCAGGAUCUCUAGUGGCACAGCUAGCACUGCGAUGCAGUGCCUUAGACCACUGCGCCACUCGGGAGGCCUACUUACCCACCCAUUCACUCACUCUUGCACACUGACUCACACAGGGGUGGGAAAUCACAGUUUACUGAUCCUCACUCGGCUCACUGAAUAAACGAAACAUUCCUGCAAGCCAAGGGCAGCUGUGGUCAGGGUCAUAUAUCAGACACUGCUCUGUGUGGCGAGUCAGAUUCUCUAUAACACAGGUCUGUGGCUCAGUGUGAAUGUGUAUAUUUACUAGGGCAGUCCCCGACCCAAAAAAAUCUUGGUAGACUGAAAGUCGUCUGUUCUCUCUCUCUCCCCCUCUCCCUCCCCUCCCGGAGGACCUGAGCCCUAGGACCAUGCCUCAGGACUACCUGGCCUGAUGACUCCUUGCUGUUCCGAGUCCACCUGGUCGUGCUGCUGCUCCAGUUUCAACUCUCUCUAAAGCACCUGCUAUUUCAACCUCUAAAUGACCAGCUAUGAAAAGCCAAGUGACAUUUACUCCUGAUGUACUGACCUCUACAACCACUAUGAUUCUUAUUUGACCCUGCUGGUCAUCUAUGAACGUUUGAACAUCUUGGAGAAAAAUCUGGCCUUAAUGUCCAUGUACUGUUAUUAUCUCCACCCGGCACAGUCAGAAGGGGACUGGCCACCCCUCAGAGCCUGGUUCCUCUCUAGGUUUCUUCCUAGGUUUCUGCCUUUCUAGGGAGUUUUUCCUAGCCACCGUGCUUCUACAUCUGCAUUGCUUGCUGUUUGGGGUUUUAGGCUGGGUUUUUGUAUAGCACUUUGUGACAUCUGCUGAUGUAAAAAGGGCUUUAUAAAUAUAUUUGAUUGAUUGAUUGUUCUUUCGACCAAUCAAAUGGUUUUUUACAUGUAUUUUUCCAUAUAUAGACACACCCUAUGUGUUUAAUAAAAUCAACUAUAUGCAUUGAGCUUGUCUGAUGGUUUGAUGAAAUAAGACAAAUGCCUCGAGGGCACCAGAGAUCUACACUGCUCAAAAAAAUAAAGGGAACACUAAAAUAACACAUCCUAGAUCUGAAUGAAUGAAAUAAUCUUAUUAAAUACUUUUUUCUUUACAUAGUUGAAUGUGCUGACAACAAAAUCACACAAAAAUUAUCAAUGGAAAUCAAAUGUAUCAACCCAUGGAGGUCUGGAUUUGGAGUCACCCUCAAAAUUAAAGUGGAAACCACACUACAGGCUGAUCCAACUUUGAUGUAAUGUCCUUAAAACAAGUCAAAAUAAGGCUCAGUAGUGUGUGUGGCCUCCACGUGCCUGUAUGACCUCCCUACAACGCCUGGGCAUGGUCCUGAUGAGGUGGCGGAUGGUCUCCUGAAGCAUCCGCCAACUCCUGGACAGUCUGUGGUGCAACGUGGCGUUGGUGGAUGGAGCGAGACAUGAUGUCCCAGAUGUGCUCAAUUGGAUUCAGGUCUGGGGAACGGGCGGGCCAGUCCAUAGCAUCAAUGCCUUCCUCUUGCAGGAACUGCUGACACACUCCAGCCACAUGAGGUCUAGCAUUGUCUUGCAUUAGGAGGAACCCAGGGCUACCUCUGGCGAGCACAUGGAGGGCUGUGCGGCCCCCCAAAGAAAUGCCACCCCACACCAUGACUGACCCACCGCCAAACCGGUCAUGCUGGAGGAUGUUGCAGGCAGCAGAACGUUCUCCACGGCAUCUCCAGACUCUGUCACGUCUGUCACAUGUGCUCAGUGUGAACCUGCUUUAAUCUGUGAAGAGCACAGGGCGCUAGUGGCGAAUUUGCCAAUCUUGGUGUUCUCUGGCAAAUGCCAAACGUCCUGCACCCUCAUGGAGUCUGUUUCUGACCGUUUGAGCAGACACAUGCACAUUUGUGGCCUGCUGGAGGUCAUUUUGCAGGGCUCUGGCAGUGCUCCUCCUGCUCCUCCUUGCACAAAGGCGGAGGUAGCAGUCCUGCUGCUGGGUUGUUGCCCUCCUACGGCCUCCUCCACGUCUCCUGAUGUACUGGCCUGUCUCCUGGUAGCGCCUCCAUGCUCUGGACACUACGCUGACAGACACAGCAAACCUUCUUGCCACAGCUCGCAUUGAUGUGCCAUCCUGGAUGAGCUGCACUACCUGAGCCACUUGUGUGAGUUGUAGACUCCAUCUCAUGCUACCACUAGAGUGAAAGCACCGCCAGCAUUCAAAAGUGACCAAAACAUCAGCCAGGAAGCAUAGGAACUGAGAAGUGGUCUGUGGUCACCACCUGCAAAACCAGUCCUUUAUUGGGGGUGUCUUGCUAAUUGUCUAUAAUUUCCACCUGUUGUCUAUUCCAUUUGCACAACAGCAUGUUAAAUGUAUUGUCAAUCAGUGUUGCUUCCUAAGUGGACAGUUUGAUUUCACAGAAGUGUGAUUGACUUGGAGUUACAUUGUGUUGUUUAAGUGUUCCCUUCAUUUUUUUGAGCAGUGUAUUUUUGGCAGAUGUUACUAUGGUAUACUGAAAUAUAAUUACAAGCAUUCCAUAAGUGUCAACAGCUUUUAUUGACAAUUACAAACACAAAGAGUCAAUAUUUGCAGUGUUGACCCUUCUUUUUCAAGACCUCUGCAAUCUGCCCUGGCAUACUGUCAAUUAACUUCUGGGCCACAUCCUGACUGAUAGCAGCCCAUUCUUGCAUAAUCAAUACUUGGAGUUUGUGGGUUUUUGUUUGUCCACCUGCCUCUUGAGAAUCGACCACAAGUUCUCAAUGGGAUUAAGGUCUGGGGAGUUUCCUGGCCAUGGACCCAAAAUGUCGAUGUUUUGUUCCCCGAUCCACUUAGUUAUCACUUUUGCCUUAUGGCAAGGUGCUCCAUCAUGCUGGAAAAGGCAUUGGUCGUCACCAAACUGUUCUUGGAUGGUUGGGAGAAGUUGCUCUCGGAGGAUGAGUUGGUACCAUUCUUUAUUCAUGGCUGUGUUUUUAGGCAAAAUUGUGAGUGAGCCCACUCCCUUGGCUGAGAAGCAACACAACACAUGAAUGGUCUCAGGAUGCUUUACUGUUGGCAUGACACAAGACUGAUGGUAGCGCUCACCUUGUCUUCUCCAGACAAGGUGUUUUCUGGAUGCCCCAAACAAUCGGAAAGGGGAUUAAUCAGAGAAAAUGACUUUACCCCAGUCCUCAGCAGUCCAAUCCAUGUACCUUUUGCAGAAUAUCAGUCUGUCCCUGAUGUUUUUCCUGGAGAGAAGUGGCUUCUUUGCUGCCCUUCUUGACACCAGGCCAUCCUCCAAAAGUAUUCGCCUCACUGUGUGUGCAGAUGCACUCACACCUGCCUGCUGCCAUUCUUGAGCAAGCUCUGCACUGGUGGUGCCCCGAUCCCGCAGCUGAAUCAACUUUAGGAGACGGUCCUGGCGCUUGCUGGACUUUGAUGCUUUCUGCUUGAAGUUCUUGAUGAUCCAAUAAAUGGUUGAUUUAGGUGCAAUCUUACUAGCAGCAAUAUCCUUGCUUGUGAAGCCCUUUUUGUGCAAAGCAAUGAUGACGGCACGUGUUUCCUUGCAGGUAACCAUGGUUAACAGAGGAAGAACAAUGAUUUCAAGCACCACCCUCCUUUUAAAGCUUCCAGUCUGUUAUUCUAACUCAAUCAGCAUGACAGAGUGAUCUCCAGCCUUGUCCUCAUCAACACUCUCACCUGUGUUAACGAGAGAAUCACUGACAUGAUGGCAGCUGGUCCUUUUGUGGCAGGGCUGAAAUGCAGUGGAAAUGUUUUUUGGGGAUUAAGUUCAUUUUCAUGGCAAAGAGGGACUUUGCAAUUCAUUGCAAAUCAUCUGAUCACUCUUCAUGACAUUCUGGAGAAUAUGCACAUUGCCAUCAUCAAAACUGAGGCAGCAGACUUUGUGAAAAUUAGUAUUUGUGUCAUUCUCAAAACUUUUGACCACGACUGUACAUUAUAUAUCCACUAGCAAAAAAAAGUUGGAUUGCGUAAAUUACUGUAGUAGGUCAAAGUAAUGUUUUAACUGCUAUUUUGACCAUGAUAUUUACUGGUCUGUAUAUUUGUUGACAUCACUAGAGCAUCCAUUAGAUGAGCAGUUUCAUCCAGCCAUGUCACACCACAGCAACAAGAAACAAAGCAUGAUGGAAGCCAACGUCGAUAGGAGUGAGGUCAGAAUUAGUCUACAAUUCCCUUUCAUCUUAGUCAAACCCAGAGCACCAUCAAUUUCUGUCCCCGCUGUCUUCAUCCUGUGACUCCAACAUUUUUAUUGGCUCUGCUUGAUUUUAAUCCUUUAUUAACUUGAUACUGAUGGAAUCUUUCUUUUUCCACCAAGAGACGUUGUUGUCCCUGGUUCAUCCUGACCCUGUUCAUGGUAGUCAUGGUGGUGGCCAUUUUGACAUUGUUACUGGUCAAUAUCCCCACAACAAGGAAUCAGCUGUGGGUCCUUUACCAAGUACUACAGGAACACACAGAGAAGUAUUGCUAUAGGCCCAUAUGA